UGUAGUUUACAUGGCGGCGGAACCAAGAAACAGAAGUUUUCUUCCAAACUGGGGCUGCCUCCGAAGCGGUAACAACAUGUUGAACAUCCCGACCCAGGCGUUCCCUGCGCCGGGUUCCCAGCAGCGGGUCGCUCCGUCCGGCCAGUCCGGAAGGAACAAGGUGGCCUUGAAGCCUGGCCACAGUCUCAUGGACUGGAUCCGCUUUUCUAAGAGUGGAAAGGAUCUGACCGGGCUCAGAGGGCGCCUGAUUGAAGUUACCAAGGAAGAGCUGCAGAAACACAACACAAGAGACGACUGCUGGACCUGCAUACGAGGUAUGGUUUACAAUGUGACCCCCUACAUGGACUACCACCCUGGUGGAGAAGAGGAGCUGAUGAAGGCGGCUGGGAUGGAUGGCACCGACCUGUUUGACCAGGUCCAUCGCUGGGUAAACUAUGAGUCCAUGUUAAAAGAAUGCCUGGUUGGCAGGAUGGCCACUAUUACUACUAAAGCUGCCAUGCCUCCUCCAUCAGCGACAGGCCUUGCCCCCCCUCAGCCGCUGGCUCCUCCCCCAGACAAAGACUCUCGGCCUCGGUACGACUGGUUCCAGACUGAUGUGACCGUUCAUCUGGUGGUUUAUGCUAAAAGAAAGAUCCCCAGCUCAGGCUGUACCAUUGUUGACCUCAAGGGGGGUGUUCUGCGAGUGGAAGUGCUGCUGGGGAAAAUGUCCUACAUGAUACAUUUAAGUCUGGCUGAUGAAGUUGAGGGAAACCUUGAGGCCAACACUGCCUUCUCGGUGGGAAAGAUCCAGGUCAGCAUACGCAAACAGGCCAAAGGAAAAUGGACAAGUCUCGGUCAACCACUGGAAUCUCACAACACAUUUCUACGCAAAAAAGACAGAGCUCUGUACUAUCGGGACUGUGUGUUGGUGUCUAAGACGGAGGUGAACCAUAACAGCCAUGUGUUCAGAUUGCAACUUCCUCGUGGGACUGUCAUGCACGUGCCUGUGGGAAAACAUGUCUACCUCAAAGCCCUCAUCAAAGACACAGAAGUGGUGAGGCCGUACACUCCAGUAGACCAGAGCCUGGCAGCAGCUUCACACAACUCCUCGCAGGAAUCCGACCUCUACCUCAUGAUCAAAGUGUAUCCUGACGGAGUGUUCACCCCACAUCUCAGCAGCCUGCACAUCGGUGACUGUGUAUCCGUCAGUGGUCCAGAGGGGACCUUCAGUCUCCGCCCCCUUCGUGAUGUCACACACCUCUACCUAUUAGCAGCAGGCACAGGGUUCACACCAAUGGCUCGCCUCAUCCAGCAGGCCCUGCAGGACACCGACACCAUGAGAAAAACCAAGCUGCUCUGUUUUAACCGGCGUGAGGAGGACAUCCUGUGGCGCUGUGAGCUGGAUGACCUGGCUGCUAACACUGACAGGUUUCAGGUGGAGUACGUGCUCUCUGAUCCCUGUGAUAGUUGGAGCGGCAGGACGGGUCGGGUAGAGGAGUCCAUGCUGGAGGAGUUCCUCACCAGGCCGGAGGGCUCCAAAUGCUACGUGUGUGUGUGUGGCCCCACUGCCUUCACAGAGAUAACAAUAGGCUUGUUGAAGCAGCAGGGCUUCAGUGAAGAGGAGCUGCACGCCUUCCAGGGCUGAAGAGCCUCCACACACCCCCACCCUGUGUGUGAGAGAGCAUCACAGAGCUGACUUGAAUUGAUCAACUUGUAAAAACAUUUCUAUGCACUAGGACCUGAUGACGCUGACAGCAGGAAACGCCUCCAGGGUCUGAUGGGCGUCAUGAAUAUCACAAAUCAUCACUCAAGUACAGUGAGAUUCUUCUGAGUGUGGACAUUUCGCUCAGUGUUCAGGAAAACUAUGAGUUGAAACAUUGUAAAGAUGUGUAGAAUAAAAAGUCACAUAUACUGAGACAGAGGAAUGAAUGAAAGGGAUGUGUAUAUGCAAUAUGAUAUUUAUGUAUUUUAAUGUCUCAGUUCCAUGUACACAGUUGCAGUGGAAGUGAAACCACUGAAAUAAAAUGCAUUAAGUUGUUUAAA